AUGGCGGGUAACAGUCCAAUAAUAACAAAUGAUCCCCUUAUUGGAAAUAUUGUUGAAAUUACGAUUAUGGAUGGUGAAACAAACAAAAAUGAAAUAUCAUCAGCAAUUCUCCCUAUACAAUUAGAUGUGAAUAUUAAUUGGACAUUCAAACAACUUAUUAAAGAAGCAUUAAAGGAAAAGUCUCGAUAUUUAAAAGAUGCCAAAGCUAUAGAAAAUAAAACUAUAGAAAAAUUAAAGAGCACGAAGAAAUGUUUAUACUAUAACAAUGAAAUGAUUGGAUAUAAAAAUGCUAUUGUAUAUACUUACCCAGUCAAGGCUGUUAUUGGCGAAUUAGUCAAAUCACAAACAUCUUUAUAUAUACUAUUAAUUCCAGCAACGCAAUUAUCACCAUCAUCAAAAUACUCCGAAUCAUCUUUGCGAGCAGAAGGUAAACUUUAA